AUGUCUGUGGUGCACCAACUGUCACCAGGAUGGUUACUAGAUCAUCUUUCUUUCAUUAACAACAUAAACUAUCAACUUCACCAACAUCAUAAGCCUUGUUGCAGUAAAAAUGAGCCCACUUCAUCUGUCCACUUUGAUACUCUUCAAACGGAUUCUUUGAUCUCUUUGGGAACCUCUGCUACCUUUACUGCUUUUGACUCUACCACUAAGCCAGCUAAUGAUGCCAGAGGAAAUUGUGAAAUCUUCAUACAGAGAUAUGUUUUUCGAUCUGAGCUAUUUAAUGUCACCAAACCUUAUAUAACUCCAGCUGUUCACAAAGAAUGCCAACAAAGGAAUGAAAAGGAAGAUCCAAUGGAUGGUAUUAAAGAAGAAAACCGCAUUUCUAUUAUUGGGAAGAAGCGUAAAAGAUGUGUUGUUUUCAAUCAAGGUGAAUUGGAUGCUAUGGAAUAUCAUACAAAGAUCAGGGGACUGAUUUUGGAUGGCUCUUCAGAGUUAAUCCAAGAAGGUCUCAAAAGUGGCUUUCUUCAUCCACUUUCUGAAAAAUGGGACAAGUGUAGCGAGCCCAUUACUUUACCACUUGAUACCUGCAGUUUGUCAGAAUUAUGUACAAUGGCAAAGCAUUUGCCUUCUCUGAAUGAAAUGGAUCUUCAGGCAUUACAAUUGAUGGAAGAAGAUAUGUCUAUUAUAGAACAGGAUUUAUUUUCACGGGUUGUUGAAAACAACUCUAGCUUUACAAAAAUGAUUACUUUAAUGGGACAGAAAUACCUGGUGCCACCAAAAAGCAGUUUUCUUUUGUCUGACAUUUCUUGCAUGCAUCCACUUCUGAACUGUAGGAAAACAUAUGAUGUAAUUGUGAUGGAUCCACCAUGGCAGAACAAAUCAGUUAAAAGAAGUAACAGGUACAGCUAUUUAUCACCAUUGCAAAUAAAGCAGAUACCCAUUCCUAAACUGGCGGCUCCAAACUGUCUUAUCAUUACUUGGGUGACCAAUAGACAGAAGCACCUACGUUUUGUAAAGGAAGAACUUUAUCCUUCUUGGUCUGUUGAGAUAGUUGCUGAGUGGCACUGGGUAAAAAUCACCAAUUCAGGAGAAUUUGUGUUCCCGUUAGAUUCUCCACACAAAAAGCCUUAUGAAGGUCUUAUACUGGGGAGAGUUCGAGAAAAAACUGCUGUACCAUUAAGGAAUGAAGAUGUAAAAGUACUUCCCAUUCCAGAUCACAAGUUAAUUGUCAGUGUGCCCUGUACUCUUCAUUCACAUAAGCCACCGCUUGCUGAGGUUCUAAAAGACUAUAUCAAGCCAGAUGGGGAAUGUUUGGAAUUGUUUGCUCGAAAUUUACAGCCAGGUUGGACUAGUUGGGGCAACGAAGUUCUCAAAUUUCAACACAUGGAUUAUUUUGUUGCUCUGCAGUCUAGAAGCUGA